AUGGAAGCCUCAACCCCUGAUAAUCCAAGCCUCCUCGAGAACUCGAUGCCUCUUGAAAAUGACGACUGGCAAUCCAUAUUCGCCCAAUGUACAGCCCAUGACGAUCUACUUCAUCCAUCUGUGGAGUCCGGUGAUGGUCUAUUCGCAGAUGCAUCCAUAGACGACCUAGAUCUCGAUCUGAAUGUCGAUCUGAAUGUCGAUCUUGACCCCGCUAUAUACGUUGAUACCUUUGCAGCGGCUCACUCCAUUUCUUUUGGCGCUGUUCCCGACCUCUGCUCUGUUCCUAUAGCUCGUGUGGACUCCGAACGAUUUGACAAUCAUGAUGGAUCAACGCUGGAUUGCACGCUUCCCGAUCUCUCCACCCCACUAUUCGCUGUCCCAGAUUCAAUCCUCACUCCAUUCCAAACACCACCACCCCCAACUACAGCAGCUUCUUGUCUCGCACAACAUCGCACCCCUUGCAUAAUAACUGCGACACAAUCCCUUCGCUCACUCCACAUCCCCCAGACCAGUUGCGUCUCCCGCCGAAGCGGCAGCAGCCAUGAUAGCAGUGGACUCGAGCCGCCACGCAUGUCCGGCUCUGUUCUUAAAGCAAAUAAAGAUGCAGGCAUGUCAGUCUGCCGCAUGCUACAGUGCGCCUGUGCCCUCCGCCCACAGAACCAGCUGAUCCUAGCAAUUAUUUGUUCCCGACUAGUUGCGUGGUACCGCGCGAUGAUCCGCGCAUGCUUUGUGGAUGGACCCAGCAGUUCCUCCGGGUACAGCGUGAACAGUGGACCCAACGAGGCAGGUUCCUCGUUGGAGAAGGUGGUUCAUCAACCCGUCACGAUCGGAGAUCACUCGGUCGAUGACCAGGCUCUGGGAUUGACUAUUCAGGCGCAAGUCACGCUAGGCGAAUUACGACAUAUGCAGCGACUGGUCGAGACUCUAUCGGCCCGCAUGCGGGAGACCGCCAACUCAUACCCGAAAGGGAUGCAUGGCUUUGGAGCCCCAUCAGGCGGGCUCCCGGACAUCGCGCAUGACCAGCUGGUGGCGCACCUGAUGGAGGAAGUCCAUGCAGCGAAAGCUGAUUUAAUGACUGCUUGGGCGUUACCAUGA